AUGUCAGGACCUAUGCCGCCUUCGGGCAUGCAGAUGCAAAACGGUGUUCAAUGGCAAUAUUCGAAUAAUUCUGGGCGACGAAAGGCACUACUUAUUGGUAUUAACUACUACGGCAGCCGCAACCAGUUGAAUGGAUGUGUAAACGACGCACACGCAAUGGCGUCCUUCCUGUCCAACGACCAUGGGUAUCGCCAAGAAGACAUGGUAGUUCUCACUGAUGACCAGCGGAAUCCUCGCUCUGUACCCACUAGACAAAACAUGCUUGAUGCGAUGCGGUGGUUAGUGAGUGGUGCUCAGCCUAACGACUGCUUGGUGUUCCACUAUUCAGGUCAUGGUGGCACUACUCCGGACUUGGACGGCGAUGAGGACGAUGGAUACGAUGAAGUUAUUUAUCCGGUUGAUUUCGAAGUCGCAGGCCAGAUCGUCGACGACGAGAUGCAUGAAAUUAUGGUCAGACCGCUCCCUCCGGGCUGCAGGCUAACUGCGUUUUUUGACUCCUGCCACUCGGGCACUGCCCUUGAUCUGCCGUACGUUUAUUCCACCAAAGGUGUUGUAAAGGAACCGAAUAUGCUCGCCGAGAGUGGUAAAGGCGUGCUGAAUGCUUUCAUGUCCUACGAGAGUGGAGAUAUGAGCGGUGCGUUCAAUUCAGUCAAGGGCCUGUUCAACAGAGCCAAAUUUUCUGGAAACCGGGACCGUGUGAUCCAGGAAAAGUUCUCGCCCGCCGACGUGAUCUCGUUUUCGGGCUGUCGAGAUGAUCAAACCAGCGCCGACGCAAGCGAAGGGGGCGUGUCCGCAGGCGCGAUGUCCUACUCGUUUUUGGAAGUCAUGGGUAGAGAUCCAAACCAGUCUUAUAUUUCUCUGCUCAAUAAUGUGCGAGCAAUUAUGCAGGGCAAGUUCCAGCAAAAGCCCCAGCUGAGUUGCUCUCAUCCCUUGGACAUGAACCUCCAGUUCAUUUUAUAA